UUCUAGUUUAAGCCGACAAAUCCACAGCUCAUUUCUACUCUCUCCAAAAUUCCUAGCUGAUUCAGAAAGAGUUAGAUAACGUGGGAGAUUCAUGAACCUCUGUGAUCUUGAACAGUAAAGGCUUAAACUAGAAUCUAUAACAUCCGGAUGUCUUUUCUGUUUUUGUCUCUGAGUUUAGUUGUGGAAGUAAUCAGGUUGAUUCUGAAGUAGAAGAAGUGUUUGAGGUGGGCUUUUAAGGAUAAUAAGCUUUGUGGGUUUCGAGGUUGAUUGAGCGAGAUUGAAGACGAGUUUGGUCGGUGUUCCGUCGUUCUGGUUAUCUGGAUCAUUCGUUUUUGAGGGUGUAAAUUCAAGAUACUAAGUUUGGUGAUUCUGGGAGUUGCAAUAUUGUUAAGUGGGGUACAGCAAAGAAGAGUGCUUUGGGAAAUUGGGGAUGAUUUUUGUUUUUCAGAAAUCAGGGUAGUAGUUUUAGUUUCCAGUUUGAGAUUGAAAAGAAACUGAUGGACUUGAGGAGAGGUAGAGGAAAAGAGAGGGUGUAUGGAGAGAUAAAUGUUGAAUCUAGUUGUAGUAGUAGCACUAGUACAUUAAGAAGAGAGACUAAAGAUGUUUUAGAAGAUAAUUAUAUCAAUGUUAAGGAAGGGGUUAGGGGUUUAAGGCUUGAGGAAAGUGGUGCAGCACAGAAAAAAGAGUUUGUUGAAAGAUAUAGUCGAUUAUCGGAGUUCCCAAUUGAUGUUCAAGCACCUGGAAAUAACCUUGAUACCAAUAUGAAUAGGUCCGAGUCUGUAAAUUCAAGUGCAGGAGAUAUUUCGGCCCAAUUAAGGUAUCUUGCUGGGUCAUUGAGAUCAACCGAAAGUAUGGACCAGUGGGGUGUUGAAAGAGAUCGGUAUGAGGGGUUUUAUGGAAACCCAAGGGCUGCUGCCGAGCGAGUAAGAAUGCCAAUUUCUGCUUAUCCUAAUGAGGGGCCUUCAAAUUAUCAGCUAGAAUCUUUUCAUGGUUAUGGUGAGCAGAGGUAUGAUGCGAAUGGAGUUGAACAUCUAGUACCUGAUCGAGCUGAGCUUCUUAGGAAAUUGGAUCAGUUGAAGGAGCAACUUAGCAGAUCUUAUGAUGUGGCAGAUAGACCAAGGGAUAUGGUUCCCCCGGAGAGGAGUAAGACGCCACCUGAUCCUUAUGGUGACUUGGUAACUUAUAAUCUUGCACUGCAGCAGCAGUAUGCUGUGGACAAACAGAUGCCAACAUCCCCUCACUUCAACUAUAGCCAUGGAAAGGUUCCUAUUAUGGAUCAUCAUAACAUGGAUAUGCAGAAAUUUUAUCCUCCACAGAGGAAUAAUAUGAAUGUGAUUCCGGAAUAUGAGGAUCCACCACAUAUGACAAGGAGGCCCUCCCAUCAUCCACUCCAAUGCGCACAACCACAAUGUCAUGAAUACCUUAAGGAACAAAAGAUUGGUUUUAACCGGAAUCCAUUCGCAUCAUAUCCACAUGAUACUGUUGCACACUCGCCUGCAUGUAAUUGUUCAGGCUGCUACAACCAAAAUUGGGUGGUUCCAUCCCAAGUCCUGCAUACUGAGUUUGGCAACAGAAGUAUUCCAAAAGGUCCGUUUAAUUUGAAUUCCUAUCAUCAUGUCAAUCCUGCUACAUAUAGCCCACACAAUUACCCCAGAGAUGUUAGUCCCAUGUUACGCACAAGAUGGCAGGGUGAUGUUGAUUCAGACAUCAAUAGUUAUGGUGAUCGACAUCUAGAAAAGAUGAUCAACAGGAAGACAAAGAUUUCCCAUCCUUUCCAAGGUGGUGCCCCAUUCAUUACAUGCUUCCAUUGCUUCGAGUUGCUAAAACUUCCCAGAAAAAUUAAGAAGAGAAGUAAGAGUCAGUCAGAGCUUCGCUGUGGUUCCUGUUUGACUGUUAUUUCACUUGAAGUUAAUGACAAAAGGCUGAUUACAUCUGCUCCUAAAGAAUCCACGCAAUUUUCUUACGAGGUUGAUCAAAAUUCUAAGGAGGUAGUAAAGGGCAACGUCUUAACUCCUCCUAAACGUCUGAAUGCUGACAACACCAGCUCCUCCCAUGAUGAUUUAGAUAACUCUGUUCAGAACCUUCAGUUGAUAAUGGUCAAAGAUAAUCCACUGGCAGAAGAUGAGAGACUGAAGUUGGAUAGUUUUGAAAAGAGGGAAAGCCAUAGCUCUUCAUCUUCCAUCUUCCAGGAGGUAGAAGGCAUCCCAGAUAGUAUGAUUGUCCAAAGAGACAUUUCUGACUAUGCUGAGGUGCUCACAAAAGAUGCCCGUUCUCCAACAGCACCAGGGUCACCUCUUUGGGAGCAGCCUGAUAGUCCUGCCAAACAUGAAAUAAGCAGAACUGAGGGGGGAAAUGAGGUUGCAUGUAUAGCCCAAGACAAGGUGGUCUUUAGUAGCAGUACAUCUGCGAAGAAUUCUGUAAAAGAUAUGUCAGUGGAAACUGAGGUGGAUGAUUCGUUCAAUGACUAUCUUAACACCAACAUAUCACAGGACUCUACAGAGACGAGCAAAGAAGAUCGUCCCAAGAUCCGUAAGGGUACUGAUAACUUAUUGGUUGGUCUCAUCAAAAGGAGUUUCAAAGAUUCCUUGAAAUCACAUCAAAAUGUGGAAAGAACCAAGGUAUUAAUCAAUGGGCAACCUAUACCGGAUCAUCUUGUAAGAAAAGCUGAGAAGCUUGCUGGCAUAAUUCAACCAGGAGAUUAUUGGUAUGACUUCAGAGCUGGAUUCUGGGGUGUGAUGGGCCACCCUUGCCUUGGCAUAAUUCCUCCAAGUAUUGAAGAGUUCAGUUACCCGAUGCCAACAAAUUGUGGUGCUGGCAAUACUGGUGUCUAUGUAAACGGAAGAGAGUUAAAUCAGAGAGAUUUUGACCUACUUGCAAGCAGGGGACUGCCAACUACAAGAGAGAGAUUUUAUAUCCUUGAAAUUUCUGGGAGACUUGUGGAUGAGGAGUCUGGGGAAGAGCUAAAACCCCUUGGCAGACUUGCACCGACAAUUGAGAAGGUAAAACAUGGAUUUGGCAUGAAAGUACCCAGAAUGGCCGUGUGAUUCUCCUUUGUGGUUCUCAAGUCCUGAUGUUGCUGUGAUGCUUCUGUUCUUCCAAGAUAAUGUGGACGGGUUCUUUCACCUGUUGAAUUUUUGGUGUGUGUUUACCUUUAAGGUGUCUUGUUACUGUUACAGUUGAACUGUAGGUGGAUGCAAUGUCAAAAUCGUGAGAAAUAAAUUUUGAUUCUAACAAUAUAAUUUCUCGUGUUCUAAGCUUUAUACUUGUGUAUCUGUAAGGUGAUUAGCUCAUCUAGAUUGUCAGGCGUAUUCAUAGUCAUGCAACUAUCCCUUGUAUCAUGCAGUUAUGUUUAGUGGUGGAUAGUUUCUCAGUA